AUGGAAUCACCCAAACCUAAUGCAAUGAGGACGAAGCCAGACCAUCUAUAUCAAUGUGGGGAUUGUGGCACCCAAGACCCACCCUUCCUCUACAACCUACGUCACCGAGGCAUCUACCGUCGAAUGUGUACUUCCUGCGUCCUCAACAACAACUUGUCCUCCUUUUGCCCACUCUGUUUCGACGUCUACGAUCACCACCCUCCUCCUUCUCACCUGCGUGUCAUGUGCCUCCACUGCCCUUCCAUUUCCCAUCUUCAAUGCGUUCGCUCCUCCACCACUUUUUUCAAUUCUGCCUACCAAUGUCCUCAAUGUUCAAACCCUAACUUCACUUUUUUCAAAAUUGGAGGAAAAUCCAAUACUACUGGUGCUACCCCUAUUACUAAGAGAGUCAGAGUCAAUGAUGGAAAAGCAAAGCCCAGCAAAGCUCGUACGGUGAUUAAUGAGGAUUUGGCCAAGCAAUUGGUGGCUGCAGCCAGGAUUGCGGCGGCGUCCAUGAACAAAGCGGCGGUUGUGGCUACGGUUGAGGCUGAGAGGAGGGUUAAAGAAGCCGCGGUUGCCAGGGGCCGGGCUAAAGAAGCAUUGGAGCGUGUUGCUUAUUUGGUGGCAAAGGAAAAAUUGGAAUCUACAUCAAUGCCAGGACAGCACAAGGUAAAACCCCAAGUUGAUACUUGUACCUUAACCAAAAGGAAUCUGACUCAGAACCAAAUUAGAGCAGAUGAAUUUGAAUCGAAAAACACUGAGAAAGUAAGAGGGGGGAAGGAGGGCAACAGGCUGCAUUCGGGACACUCUCGACACAUGCAAAGUGGUUAUGGUAGGCAAGAAGACUAA